UUCCCUACCUCCUCACACUUAUCGAUCACCACCACCGUAUUAUUCUUUUCUCAUUUUCUCUCUCUUGAAAAACUCCUCCUCUGUUGUUUCUUCUUCUUCGAAUCAAGAAAUAAUGGGAAAAGGACCUGGUCUUUACACUGAUAUCGGCAAAAGAGCCAGAGAUCUUCUGUACAAGGAUUACCAGAGCGAUCACAAAUUUACUGUCACUACAUAUACUUCUACUGGUGUUGCAAUCACUUCUACUGGAAUCAAGAAAGGUGAGCUGUUUAUAGCUGAUGUUAACACUCAGCUGAAAAACAAGAAUAUCACAACUGAUGUCAAAGUUGACACAAACUCUAGGCUCUUUGCAACUGUUUCAAUUGAUGAGCCUGCACCUGGUCUCAAGGCAAUUUUUAACUUUGUUGUUCCCGAUCAAAGGUCUGGCAAGCUCGAGCUUCAGUAUCAACAUGAGUACAGCGGCAUCAGUACUAGCAUUGGCUUGACAGCAAACCCCGUAGUCAACUUCUCUGGUGUUGUAGGAACACCCCUUCUUGCUCUUGGUACCGAUCUUUCUUACGACACUGCAUCUGGUAACCUCACCAAAUGCAAUGCUGGAGUGAGCUUCGCUAACGCCGACCUGAUUGCUGCUGUCACUUUGAACGAGAAGGGUCAGAACCUCAAUGCUUCUUACUACCACAUUGUCAGUCCCUUGACCAAUACAGCUGUUGGUGCUGAGAUUGCCCAUAGUUUCAGUACAAAUGAGAACACCUUGACCAUCGGUACCCAGAAAUCUCUGGACCCAUUGACUUCUAUCAAGGCUAGGAUCAACAACCAUGGCAAGGCAAGUGCUCUUAUCCAGCACGAGUGGAGGCCAAAGUCCCUCUUCACCGUCUCAGGUGAGGUAGACACAAGAGCAAUUGAAAAGAGUGCUAAGGUUGGUCUCUCUGUGGCUCUUAAGCCAUAGAGAAGCUAUGGAAUAAUUUUUUUUUUCUUCUGAGAACUGAACAGGUUGGGAGAGAGGGUAUGGAGGUAGAAAAGGCUUUUUCCAUAUCAGUAUUUUGAAACCAAAUAAUGUAGGUAGAGACAUGAAAAGAACUACAAGUUCCUUUUUUGAACCGAUUUAUUGAGGAUGUCUGUCUGUCUUGGUGGGUUGUUAUCAAUCAGUUUCUGCUUUUAUUGUGGUUGGAAUGGGGCCUUUGUAUAAAAACAAUUUGACCUUGGGUUUCAUGGGUUUAUCUUCAUUUUAAAGAUGAUGCCUUUCUGCUUGGUGCUCACCGUC